AUGCUGGAACAGGAACAGGUGCUUAUCUCACAGCUCUCAUCGCUUCCAGAUCUCGUCUACAACAGACGUCAACGCGACACCCCGGCAGUAUUUCAUCCACGACGAUACUUCCCGAUGCUUUGCGAUAGUUUAUUCCGCGGUGUGUUGGAACAAGAAAACCUGGCAAAGCAAUCACGCACCUUCCGGAUGUUUGCCGACAAACUCAUACGCAUCGGGCAGACGCAAGCACUUGUGCAGAGCUGGCUGCGCUCUAUCGGCACUUCAAACUCGACGACGCAUUCCACACUAUUCCAGAGCCUCCCACAGUCGUGCCACGAGCAGAUUUUACUCCAGCUUUCGCGCGAGAAAACACCUCCUUCUUUGUCUACGCAACAAGCGCUGAGUCUCCCCAAGUACAGGCUGCUUGCUCAGAUUCCUCCGGAGCUGUGUGCCAACAAACAUUUCCAGCACGUCGUAGCCCACAAGUUGUUGCUCCGGAAGCCGUUUGACGACGACUUCUUCUUCUGGCGCGUCCUUGUUGACGUAAUGGGGCGAUGCGACGGUGAUCGCUGCCACUCGCCACUCGCAUCCGUAUUUGAUGUGGUGCUCACGCGGUGGAGCCAAACCGACUUCGCGGUCAACACUGAGUACACUGUGAACGCUUCAGUGUGUUUCUUCCUCCGCUACAGUCUGCAGAAGCUUUCGAAAGAUGGUGGACAGGCCUUCACGCAGCAAGACUGGAUCACGAAACUAUGCAAGGGAGUCCAAGACCACAUGAGCCACUCACUUGAGCGCGUACGAGCGCUAGGUAUGCGUGUCGGAGAGAGCUUGUCACACAUAAUUGCUGCUGAGCAGCCCUUGGACUUUGGUCUACAGGAUAAAGACCCCUUUGAGGUAUAUGGCAGUCCCGUACUGCCUGAAGAGCUCGAGAAGGGCAUUACAGACCUGAAUUUAGAAGAGCAAGAAGGUUUGCUCGUGCAGUCUACGAUUAGAGUAAGCAGUAGCCACGAGAAUCCACGUCGACGGAAGCGUUCGAAGAAGCGCUCAACGAAACCAUUCACACUUGACCCGGACGAGUUGGUGCUUAGUGAUGAAGAUGGAGAGGACGCCUCCGACAGUGACGCAGAGUCCGGGUCGAGCUUUGAUAGCGCCGACUCCGAUUCCGACAUGAGCUUGGAUGCGUACGACUUGGAGGACGAUGAGGAAGACUUGACAGCCAAGCGACCAUUGUACCUGAAGGACCUGAUUACUGGCCUGUUGUCGGACGAUGAUCGCGAGAAAACGGAAGCUGCUUUGAACGAGGCUGAGACUUUACUGCGUCGCCAGCCACGAGAUCUGAACGACAAAGCACACGAAGUAGCUCGCGCAUUACUGCGACUAGAGGACAAGUAUAAUACGCCACAAUUCGUCAAGCUGCGAUCCCAGGCUCUAGCGACGGCGUGCGCACUGGCACCAACUCAAACUCUGCCGUAUCUGACAAGCCAGGCGCUGGAGCGUGAACAAUUGCUGCAAUCUCGCAUUGACGUGUUGCAGACGAUGACGUCAGCAGCCCAGGAAUUAUCCGACAGAGGAGGCGGCUACCAACACUCAAAGACGCCUAAAGCGCUGCUUAACGAGCAGGUCGACAGCGACUUGAAGACGCGAACAAUGCAAAGCCUGAAAACUCGUCGCUGGGGCUACCGACGCGAUCCUCUGGUCGCGCCCAAGCGAAACGCCUUUGCUCCGUACGCCUUACCGCCGCUGUUGUUCGGGUACGUCGAGUUCGUGCGCAAGCACUCGGACAGUCCUGCGAAAGUUCGAAGCGAAGUGGAGCAGACGUUUCUAGCGCACUUGCUACACGCUCUUGCGAGCUUCGUAGAGUGUGCGGGUCACGCGCCGCAGACGAUUGCGAUGGCCAAGUGCUUGCUGGAGUUUGCGUGGGGCGAGCGUUCCAGUACCAACGCUGAGGUGCGUCGCCAGGUACUUUUUAGUGUCAGUCGCGUGCUACUAGUGGUACCGCCAACAUUGUUGCGGCAAGAGGUGGGCGAGGCUCUCGCCGAGGUCGCUCCGUGGCUGCAUCAAGUGCAGAACCACGAUCCGGACGCUGGCUGUCGCGAAGCGGCGCGGCUACUGAGCUCAUUCGCGCCGGUGCCGGUGGCCUCGCUCUCGCUAAUGUAG